AUGGAUUCUUUUAAGGACACAUUACAAACACAGGUGGACCGAGACCGCCGCGCCGUCGAAGACUACCUUGUUCCGAUGCCGCCAAAUGCAGCAGAACACAAGGAUCAGUACGAGUCCGCAGCUACCAACCUAUUGGAGAGCCAAGGGCAACUCAGCUUCCCCGACUACUACGCCCGGUUCAGGGUCGAAUCCUUGGACGGGGACAAGAAGGAUCGCUUGACCCAUGCGCAAUUUAUCAUCGAGCGCGUCAGUGAAAUUUACAUGACCUCACUUGUUCAGGCUAACCAGCAGCUCUGCAUUGAGAACCACACUCUGAUCGAAUACGUCAGGGAUGAUAGGGAGAUCCAGGCCAACCGCCAGGACAUGGCCUGCCGUCGUGUCGCUGCCAAGUCAGUCGCUACGGACGGAGAGAUGCUAAUGGACGACAUGGAUGACUCACUCCUAUUCAUGCAGUGGGCGGUGAGCACGCUGCAGCACGAGGAGGAUCAAAGAGGAGCCGACGAGAACAGGGAUGGCUUCCCAUGCGAUUCCUCGGAGCUCGCUGAAGCAAACAACAGGCAAAGCUCCGGCGCCGAUACCGGCCUCGGUGGGGGGAUCAUCAUCAGUCCAUCCCCCGAUGCGGCCAUGCAGCAAGGCAGCAAUUCCACGUUGACGUCGUUCCCAGCCUCGGGCAGCAUGAGCAGUACCGGCGCCACCAACACCCAAUCCAUGAGCUGGAACUUCGACGCAGCACAGCCGUCUAGCGAUGGCGGUGGCACACGGGCCACCAGAGCGCCGCUUCGUUGUUCUGGCGCUGGCGUGUCACAGCCGACGAGGAGGGCCGCCGCAAGGAAACUCGCCGCCUGCGCGCAAGACCACAUCAUGGCGGAGAGGAAGCGCCGGGAGAAGACGAACCAGCGCUUCAUCGAGCUUUCCGCCGUCAUCCCCGGACUCAAGAAGAUGGACAAGGGGACGAUUCUUACCAACGCAACAAGCUAUGUGAAAGAGCUACAAGAGAAGGUCAAGUCCCUGGAGGAAGCCGGCAGGAACCAUAGGAGCGUCGAGACCAUGGUGCUCGUCAGGGAGCCGAGCCGCCAUGCCGCCCAGAACUGCGACGAGGGGUCCCGUUUGUUCUACGCGACAGACCGGACGCCGGCGAGGAGCCAGCUGCUGCCCGAGAUCGAGGCAAAGCUUUCAGGGAACAAGGUGAUGUUGUCGAUCCACUGUGAAAUAAAUGGGAAGGGCCUGGUCGCGAGGGUUCUUGUGGAGUUGGAGGAGUUGCACCUUUGCAUCGUGCACAAUAAUGUGAUGCCAUUCACGGAGUCCACCGUGAUUAUAACCACCAUGGCAAAGGUGGAGGAGGGCUUUACCAUCAAUGCAGAGGAGAUAGUAGGAAGACUCAACUAUGUAUUGUGCCAACAUAGCAGCAACAAGAGUUGUUACAAAUAA